UUUGUGCUUACAAUCUGUGACCUAAGAAAAAGUUUAAACCCUGCAGUCAGGGCAUAGAUGAACACUCCAACCUAGAGAGACAGAGAAGCAAGUGUACAUCCUACAAGGCAUCUGGCUGUGUCCUUUCAAUGAUUUGCAGACGUAUGAAAUCACUGCUUCUUUAACUCUGAUCAUGGGGGCUUCACAGGAUAAGAUGCACUGCACCAGGUACCUGAAUGGAAAAGGCCCUCCACCACUGACCGAAACGCUUGAAGCAGAAGCUAAUGGAUCUAACAACCACAAAAAGGAUGCUCUGAUAAAACAGGGGAAUCAGCCUGAGGGAGGCCAAAUGAUUUGGAAUAUUGAAAGACGGAGUUUGAAAGGAUACCCUGACUGUGACACUAUUCAAAUCAUCUUUCAAUUUGAUGAUGGCAUCCAGUCGGAUAGGCAUCCACACCCAGGGCACAGCUACAACGGGAUGCAGACUACGGCCUACUUGCCUCAGAACAGUACGGGGACAAAGAUACUCCGGCAACUAGAACUGGCCUUUCAACACAAGCUGCUGUUUACUGUGGCAGCCAAUAGCAGCGGUGAAUACUGUGUGACACCUACAGACAUUCCCCUCAAAUUAGAUGGUGGGGGAUCUGGGAGCUUGGAUUUUCCAGAUCCAAACUACCUGAAAAUAGUGAGGAAGAGUCUUAAGGUAAAAGGGAUCAAAUAAGAGACUACUAUGAUUACUAUUGUGGAUUACUAACCUCAUCAUGACCCUGCGAGACCAGGAUAAUGAGGUUUAUGGGACAGUCAAUAGGAGUUUGACAUUUACAGCCAAAUCUACAUGAUCAAGGCUGAUCAAUUUACUGGCAGAGAAUGGACAAAUAAAGUCCACUGUAUUUAAUGUUGGAAAUUGCUGAGUUGCAUCUAUGGUGCACAGUGUCCUGUAUCUUGCCGCUCAUUAGACAAUGUGUAUUUUGUAUUAAACAGACCAUAAUCUUCUCACAGGAAGUAAGACAGUACUGCAUACAUUGUGAGCCAUUGUACAGUACAUAUGCUUUUUGUGUUUUUAAAUUGUUAUAAAACAAAUGUCAAAAAAAAUUCUCUCUUCGUGGAGCUUUAUUAAAUUAUGAAACAUUGCUGUUAACUCAAAAUGUGUCGCACCAGGUUUGACGUCAAUAAAUGCACUGAUAUACACAAUCUUACUGAGUUUAUGCUUAAGCCAACAACAUGUGAGGUCAUGUACAGUUAAUGCCUUAAUGGUUUUCCUUUAUCUGGGAAAGGCCAUAACGUUGUGAGCAAAAAACAGUUGGCACACAUUUAUUUUUGUCCAUUAUCAUGAUUUUGCGUUACGUGUAAACACCUUUACUGGCAUUCUUACCAUUUUAUCCAAUGUGAGCAAUUGUUGUACGCAUGAGUGUUUACAUUUUGAUGUCAAAAUCAGAGAAUAAUCCGAUGAUUUCAAAUAUCAUGUAAACACCUUUUUUUGGCGUCAUCGGAUUAUUAGAAUAAGCUGAUUUUUGGCAGUUAUCUGUGGAAGCCCUGAACUGCAAGGUGAACAAAAUCAUGAAAUUUUUUUUUUACAAGGUGAACAUUUUUCUAGGUGUCUUGUUGCCCUUCCUGAGCCUGUCAUCAAAAAAGAAAAAAAUUUCCACAAAUAUUUUUUUUUUCCUCUGAAAUUUUUUCUCUGAAAAACAUUGUUGCUUUGAAUAUAAUUUGUUUCUCUGUAAAAGAAAUUAAAAAAAUCACCUUGCAAGACAAAUGUUUUCACCUUGCUGUUCAGGGCUUCCAUAGUUAUCAGUGUACUGGUUGGUGUCCAUGUAAACCAGAAACAUUGUUUAAAGUUUAAUGUCAUUGAUGUAAAACCACAUGCAUUUACCUGAAUUACAUUUAACAGCUGCGAUGGAGGAGGAGAUUUUCCAUGAUUUAAAUUUGGUCUGUGCUUUCAAUUUAGUGCAUGAGUUGUAUGAACUGCUUUUAUGGUGCUUUUUUGUAAUUUGGACAUUCUGCAAAAUAACUUCUUUUGUGUUCCACGAAAGAAAGAAAAUCAUACAGGUUUAGAACAAAAUGAGCGUGGCUAAAUAAUGAAAUAAAUUGUAUUUU